AUUUUGGUUUCUUGCGGUUCCCCAAGCGGAAAUGAACAACAUGGCGCACAGUUAGUUUUCAAACGUGCUGGAGAUAUGUGUGGGACAAGAGGAAUAAUCAUUGGCUUUACAUUGCUGGCCUUGGGCUCCAGUUACUGCGUCUGCGACGCGCACAAUUUAACCGCUUUUCUGUCGCAUCGCCAGCGGCGUGGACUCAUUUAUCAGAACAGCGGAUCUAUGAAGUUCAGCAUUGGACCAUCGUUGCCCAUCCCUUUGGGCGAUCAUGUAACCUUUCGCUCUGCGGUGCUCUCCUUCAACUUGCAGGGUGGCACCUACAGCUUGCCAACAACGCCCAUUUGGCCCUGGGACAAGUGGGAGACCACAUUUGCCAGAUCUCUGCAGCAAAUGAGGCGCCACAUUGAGAGGCAGACGGCAAGCGGAGAUGUUCGAUAUGCGGACGAUGCACGACUCCUGGUAUACACGGCGCUCGAGGAGUAUAUGGGCAGACGGAACAAUAAUAUGAUUGUGGGCAGACAAUGCCUGCUGCGCUCCAUAUGCGAAAAUGCCCAGGUGCAUCAGCAUGUUGGCGUCUUCUCCGAAAUAUUCAACAUUGUGUUGAGUCCGGGAAAAGCGGAUUUAGAUAACUCGUAUCACGAUGCCUUUGCUGCUGGCCAAGCUGGUGCUAAUUGCCUGGCCAUCUACAGGGUCUGUCCACGUGGCCUCAACUUCCUGGACGGGCUGUUGAUUUUGGAGCGCAACUGAAAUUUGAUUGAUUGUAUUUACGUUAUGGAUCGAUGCA